UUGGAAAUGUUUACCUUUAUUUAGAAAUGUGAUUUUGUUUUUCUUUCUGUUUAAUUGUUGUUAAUUUUUACUACUGUUUUUCGCAAUUUUGUGAGUUAAUUGUUGAAAUGUUUCCACGAUUGGGUUCAUGUGGAUCGUAUUCUGUUAAACAAUUGACCUCUUGUAAAGAUGUCGUCUUUUUUACUCACCCGAUCAGAGGAUUACGUUAUUGGUAUAAGAAUCCGGGUUUACCUUUUCCACCAAAUUAUUUUAAAUCUCAUCAAAUUUUUUAUCCUUCAUUGGAGGUAAUUCUUAAACAGAAGGAGCUUAAUGAGAAGGGAAUUUAUUUGGUUAAAUUAGGCUAUGAUUUACCUACAAUUGAAGGUCCAUCUCGACGUGAAAGGAGACAAGCCACCGCUAAGGUCAAUUCAACGAUACCUCUUGAUAAAUUGAAUGAAGAUGAACUGUUGGAAAUUUUGGAAACUCAAAAAAUUGGUCUACCCUUUUCUCAUGAUACAUUAAAUUAUCAUUACUCUCGAAGUGCUCAAGGUAUUAAUUCAACUGUUGACUUGGCUCAUCAUUAUGCUAUUUAUGAACAUCUAUUUAGUAAUCAUUUGGAACGAAAACCUGAUAAAACUGUCCCUCAUAAGAAAACUGACCACUGGCCACAAAUGGAGCGAGAAUGGACUGAAGAAGAACUAGUCAAACACAGUCCUGGUUCUAGGAAAAUCGACCCACCAGCUUUAUUAGAGCAGAAAUAUUUUCUACCUAUUGUACCAAUGAACAUUGAAUUUACGGUGGAUGCUGAUGCUAAAUCGGACGAAUUGACAGUCUCACCAGUUUACAAAGGAAAUCAUAUUAAACCUUUUUUCACCAAAGAAAAGCCAGACAUAAUAAUCGAUGCCAGUCUUUUAAGUGGUAAAGUUAAACCAUUUGAAGAGUAUCAAAAGAUCACACCAAAUGGAAUUAAAUUGAUUGGUGAUGAGAAAAAUUUCUACACAUUAGCACUUCUCAAUUUGGAUUCACAAUUUGGUAAAUCUGAUCCUGUUUGUCAUUGGUUAGUCUCUAAUAUUAAAGGUAAACCCGAUGGGACAACCUCACAUAAAGAAAUCAUCUCGUUUAUCCCUCCCUAUGCAUUCAAAGGAUUUGGUUAUCAUCGUUACGUUUUCCUUUUACUACAAUCAAAGGAGGAAAUAAGUUUACCUGAAAUUACCGAUGUCAAUCUAAGUAAACGUAUUCUAAGUAUCAAUGGGCUGGUUGAUAAAGGUUUUAUUCCCGUUGGUUUGUCUUGGUUUCAAUCGUCCUGGGAUGAAUCAUGUCGAGAUAUUUUCUAUAACAUUUUAAACAUGAGAGAACCAACUUUUGAAUAUAUUCAACCUAAGGAACAAUUAGCUAAACAAUCUUAUUUCCCGGUUUCGUCUGCUUUCAAUAUUUACCUUGACGCUUAUCGUGACCCCAAAGAGAUGGCUCAAGAAGCGCUUCUGGAAAGAUUAAAAGAAAUUGACCCAUUUGAUUAUAAGAAUAUUAUUCAACCUUCUAAAUUACCACCUAAUAUUCAAGAAAGAGUUCCAGGUAAUUCAGAUAGAUUUGCUAUUCCAUCUUGGAUGUGGACCACAGUUUGGAAGAAGAGAAAUAAACUUGGACGUUGGCGGCAUCUUCGUAAUGUUUCAGCCAUCAAACCGCUCAACAAUAACGAAGAUCUCGAUUAUCCUAUUUGGCCUUUUGCGACAGCUCUCCGUUACCCAAGUCGAUACCCUUGGAUGAAAGGACCCAAAACACCCCAUAGAGACAGUAAAUGGGCUCUACCGAUAACUGAACAUUCAAGUUUACGCAUACAAGAUGAGGACAUUAAAGGUUUACGUCGACAGGAAAUUGCGGAAGAUUUGCAAAAUUUAAAGGACAUUGAAAAUAAGAAUUAACUGAUUCGAAAGGUUGUAAAUUAAUUAAUCAUUUCUACUCGAAAGUUACUAAUCUGAGACAUUUAAUGUAAUAUAGAUUUAGACAAAUUUGUUUACCCACAAUUAUAAAAUUGUCACCAAACAAA